GUUUGAGUCGCAGAGUGGAGCCGAGAAGCGAAGCGAAGGCAUUUCAGAUAGACGUGUUUAGAGCGAAAGUCGGAAGGCUUGCCUUACAAAACAAUAGGGAUUAGUUUAUACAGCAAAAACCUUACAAAAUCAAGCCUGCACUUCCAGAAAAGUGCACUGUGUGUGUGUGAGAGCUAGCAGGAAAGGUUUGAAGAGGAGGUAAGGCCCUGUGGAAGAGGCAGAGAGAUGAAGAAGCUGGCGUUGCUGCUGAUUGUGCUGCUCGGGUUAGCGCACUUCAUUACCAUCAGCACGGGAGAGGAAGAGGGAGAAGAACUGAGUAAAGACAUUGACACUGACAUUGAAGAUGAUGAUGAUGACGACGAUGACGAUGAGGACAGCACUGAGGUCAAAGAGGAAAACGGUGUAUUGGUUCUUAAUGAUGCCAACUUUGACACGUUCAUAGAGGACAAAGACACGGUGCUGGUGGAGUUCUAUGCACCAUGGUGUGGCCACUGCAAGCAGUUUGCACCAGAGUAUGAGAAAAUCGCUCAGACACUUAAGGAAAACGAUCCUCCGAUCCCCGUGGCUAAAGUAGACGCCACUGUGGCUAGUGCAGUCGCAAGUAAAUUUGACGUGUCUGGUUAUCCUACUAUCAAAAUUUUGAAAAAGGGGGAGGCCGUGGACUAUGAUGGAGAGCGAACUGAAAAAGCUAUUGUCGAGCGGGUUAAAGAAGUUGCACAGCCAGACUGGAAACCUCCUCCAGAGGCCACACUGGUGCUGACGAAGGACAACUUUGAUGAUGUAGUUAAUAAUGCAGACAUCAUUCUGGUGGAGUUUUAUGCACCCUGGUGUGGUCACUGUAAAAGACUCGCUCCUGAGUAUGAAAAAGCUGCAAAGGAACUCAGCAAUCGAACGCCUCCUAUUCCACUGGCUAAAGUCGAUGCCACUACAGAGACUGACGUCGCCUCUCGGUUUGAUGUAACGGGAUACCCAACACUCAAAAUCUUCAGAAAGGGGAAAGUGUUCGACUACAAUGGACCAAGGGAGAAAUUCGGUAUUGUUGAUUACAUGAGCGAACAAGCAGGCCCUCCAUCCAAGCAGGUGCAGGCUGUAAAACAAAUUCAGGAACUGGUGAAGGAUGGGGAUGAUGCUGUGAUUGUUGGUGUGUUCUCCAGUGAAGAGGAUGCUGCUUAUGAGGUCUAUCAAGAAGCAUGCAACACUCUUCGAGAUGACUACAAAUUUCGCCAUACGUUUACUAACGAAAUUGCUAAGUUCCUGAAGGCCUCACCUGGCCAAGUGGUCAUGCUCCAGCCGGAGAAGUUCAGGUCGAAGUAUGAGCCUUCAUCUCAGACCUUAACUAUUAAAGAUUCAACAACUGCCACAAAAAUUCAAGAUUUCUUUAAGAAGCACACACUGCCGUUAGUGGGACACAGAAAACAAAGCAAUGCUGAGAAGCGUUACUCCAAUCGUCCUCUAGUGGUUGUGUAUUAUGGUGUGGACUUCAGUUUUGAUUACAAAGUGGCCACACAGUACUGGAGGGGCAAAGUGUUGGAGGUGGCCAAGGACUUCCCGGAGUAUACAUUCGCCAUCGCAGAUGAGGAAGACUACGCUGAUGAGCUGAAGAGCUUUGGGCUCAGCGAGAGUGGCGAAGAGGUGAACGUCGGCAUUCUUGGAGAAUCAGGGAAGAAGUAUGCAAUGGAGCCAGAGGAGUUUGACUCUGAUGUGCUUCGGGAAUUCGUUUUGGCCUUUAAAAAAGGCAAACUGAAGCCCAUCGUCAAGUCACAACCCACUCCCAAAAACAACAAGGGACCUGUGAAGGUUGUCGUCGGGAAAACCUUUGAUGAAAUCGUCAUGGACACGAAGAAGGACGUGCUGAUCGAGUUCUACGCACCGUGGUGUGGUCACUGCAAAAAGCUAGAGCCUGAGUACCUCGCUCUUGGAAAGAAAUACAAAAAUGAGAAGAAUCUGGUGAUCGCCAAAAUGGAUACCACGGCCAAUGACGUGCCUCACGAAGCCUACAAAGUGGAAGGAUUUCCUACAAUAUAUUUUGCCCCCAGCAACAAGAAGCAGAAUCCCAUUCAAUUUUCAGGUGGUGAACGAAAUGUGGAGAGUUUAAGCAAAUUCCUAAAAGAACAUGCAACAAAAUUAUCACAGAAGAAAGAUGAACUCUAAAGGUUUUUAGAGAACUUUCAACCUGACCUGACGCGUGAUAAAACGCAGACCGCAGGUGUCUGAUGUGAUUUUGCAGUAAACCUAGUUUCUGAAAUCAGAAAGUUCUGUUCAUUUCAAAGCACUGUUUAUUAGAUUUUCUUUUCAAAAUCUUUUUAAAUAAAAAAAGGGAAACAAA